CCUUCCGGAAUCCCCCCCCCCCCCCCUCUUGCAUCUAACUUUCUCCAUCCCGGUUUCCGCCUUCUUUCUUACACAUCCUCGAUGCUGCCAUUCUCUGUUGUAUCCGCGGAGACGGAUACUCACGUCGACCCGGAGCAACAUCCAUGACGACCUUCAAAGUCUAGCAAGCAAGGUGUAGAGAUUUCCGAAGUCGAGUGAAUGAUCUGUAUAGAAUUCUAGCUGAAGCGUUUUUCCUUUCUUCAUAGGGAGCCGGUUUUGGCUACUCUUUGCACACGCUUUGAUUUUUCUGUAAUUUAGUACAGUGUUCAGUUGGGGACCUAAAAAGUCACAAUGUGGGAGGCUGUAAUUCUCACGGUUGCAGCUGCGGCUGGGAACAAUGUUGGAAAAGUUCUUCAGAAAGAAGGCACCAAAGGCUUGCCUCAGUUAUCUCUAGAUCGGAAGUGUUAUCAAUUGGGAAUUUUUGGAUCCAGGUUAUACGAAAGUACGGAGGCAGCAGAACAUGGAUAAUUGGUGUGGCAGUGGAUGUUCUAGGUGCACUGCUGAUGCUGAAGGCUGUUUCUCAGGCACCUGUUUCUGUGGUUCAGCCAGUUUCUGGCUGUGGCCUUGCAGUGCUUGCUGUUUUCUCUCAUUUUUACCUGCAUGAAGUAAUGCAUGGACUCGAUUGGGUUGGUGUUGUCAUGGCCAGUUUGGGAACCAUAGUUAUUGGAGCAUUGGGGGAGGAGCAAAAAGAAGCAAAGAUUUCUCUGGCUAGAUCAUUGCUGUUUCUUGUCUGGUUGGCUUUGUUCUUUGGGAUUAUUGAUUGCUGCGUAAGAUCAGGGAAGAGACGGCACGAGAAGCAUGAUGAAGGAGAUGUUCAAAUGAGAGAUGUUGAUGUAAUGGAGGAGCUUGCUGCUGGCAUGGAGGCAGGAACUUGCUUUGGGUUGUCUGCAUCAGUUUGUAAAGUUGGUUUCAUGCUUGCAGAACGUGGCUUAUCUCAGUGGUUUGUACCCGCUGGUAUUGCUGUGGGCAUCUGCUGCAGUAGCAGUGGGUUCUUCUGUCAGACGAGAGGUUUGAAGAACGGAAGGGCAGUCGUGGUCUCGACGUGUGCAGCGGUUGCUUCUAUUAUGACUGGGGUUUUGGUUGGUUUGUUUGCACUUGGAGAAUCUUUACCUGCUUCAACUAGUGGUCGAUUGUUGUUGCUUUUGGCAUGGGGUCUUAUUGUGGUGGGCAUAAUUGUAAUCCUGCUCUCAGAGAAAAUAGCUCUCAUGCUGCCACGAUCUUUGCGCCGUGUGUUGAAGCCAAAAGCCUCCCCGCCUAAAGCUUAUUUACGAACUGCAGCUAGCGCUUCCUCUCGUAGAGAUGUGGGGACAAGCAAUGUUGUUCAUGUUAAAGUAUCAUCCUCUUAGCAUAGGACCCAAGUUAUGUGUAGAUGGAGGAAAGCUAGAAUAUAUUCCUUUUCAUUGGAUUCGUAGAUUCUGGCUCUCAGUGAGCCAAAAGUCACUCCCCUGCUGCGUCAGUGAUGUUUCUACUGUGAAGCACAACAUAAGUGUGAACAGGUGUGGUUUACCAAUUAAGUCAGAAAGCUCAACAAGUCUUUGAUGUGUAAUGGAAGUUGUGGAGUAAGAAUAUCGCGAUUGACUUUCUGAAA